AUGCAAGAAAUUUUGAGCAAUCAGUUGAUGAAUGCUGUGAAAAUCGUCGAAGAACAAGUGGAACAAGAAAUUAAAAACCUCGAAAAUCUCGAUGAAGACGAUUUGGAAGUGAUUCGACGACAACGAGCGGAAAAACUGAAGCGCGCCCAACAAGCGCGCAAUGAAAUGGGUGUUGUGGGUCAUGGAAAGUACGAGGAAGUCACUGAUGAAAAGGAGUUUUUCGAAGCAACGAAGAAGUCGAAGAAGGUUGUCUGUUUAUUCUACUUGGACAGCAAUGAAAGGUGCAAAAUCGUCGACAAACAUUUCGAAAUUUUGGCUGUAAAACACUUCACUACUCGCUUCAUCAAAGUUAACGCUGAAAAGGUGCAUUUCCUUGUGACUCGUUUGAAUAUUCGGAUGAUACCCACAAUUGCUAUUUGUAUAGAUCAACAAAUUGUUGAUUAUAUUCGUGGAUUCGAUGACCUCGGUGGGAUCGAUGAUUUCAAAACAGAGGUAAUGGAGCGUCGACUCGCGCAAACCGAAGUAAUCGAAAUUCCAAAACCAAUCGCUGAAGCUAAGGGGCCAAAGAAAAUAAUCAGAUCAACGAAUAAGGCUUACGAAAACGAAGAUGAUUGCAUGACGGGCCAAGAUUCAUGGGGAUUUGGAAUGAAUCCAAAUCCGAGCAACAAUUCAUACAAAUUUUCUCCUCAACAACAUCUCGAUCGCCCAGGAAUCAAGCGUCCUGCAUCGGGAGGUAGUGAUAGCACUGAUGAGCCACGAGCUAAACGAAAAAUCGAGCAAGUCUCAGCUCGUUUCGGUCGAAUCAAUUUGGAUCGACAUAGCCCAUUUGAACAUCAUUCGGAUGAUGAAGAAAGCACAAUGGAAGAUUCUGAUCCAAUUGCUUUUGUUGAGGAACCACCAGACGAUCCGAUUCCAAACACAUAUAAAGAAGUGCAUCUUGACAAUAUGCUAAAGCAGUAUUUGAACAAUGCUCGACACAGCGGAGACUUCAAAUUCAUGAUGAACAACCAUGUUCGCCCCGAUGCUCUCGUUCCUUACCAUCAUACUGGGCACCCAAUAGUUUAUCCAAGUAUCCAGGAGAUUCUGCGAGAUGAAGAGUGGCAUCAUUUAUCGCCGCAAACUUCACCUCCACUCAUCACGUUUCCUUUUGAAGACGAAGCACACUCUGAUGAUCAAAAUCGGGAAGAUACGGAAACAAUAUCGUCGGCUUCUUCACCAAUUCAAAUAGUCGAAGUACACGAUCCGGUUGAAGUUCCUAUGGAUUAUGAGGCUAUGGAACUCGAG